AAAAAUUAAAGUGCUGUGGUGUAACAUUAAAGUGUAAUAGAUUAAAAGCUGUUCUAAAUACUCAGCAUUACUACAGUAUAGUGGAUGUCAAUAAUCGGAAAGCCACUGUGGAAGAAGAAGUGAACACAUUGGAAGCCCGCUUGGAAAGACAGGCCAGAGAAACGGGUAAAAGUAUCACUGCGUUUGCGAAUUGUCUAUCCAAUAUUUCUCAACACUACUACCAACCGGAUAUUUACAGAAGCAUUUCACGGAGCAUCAAUAGGGUGCGGCAGGCAUACGGGAAUUUCUUCUCCAUACCUCAGAGUAGAACUCUCUGGAGGAAUCGUUAA